CAGAGAGCAUCUUAAAUGAACUGAAAGAAUUUUAUUUAUCAAUAUAUAAACAUCAAGAAGGAAAAUGGUUUUAAGACAACGGGCUUGACACUACUUAGUCAUUAGAACAUUGUACAUUCCAGCACUACAGAUAAAUAAAUGCGUCACUACAGCUCAGUUCUGCAGAAGGCGCGCUUUUAGAGAUGGGCUCUCCUUGUUGACUUGUUCAAUAGUUUCCCUUGUUAAGGGAUAUGGCAGAGAUCGACUUCUUGUCUGCUGAGCUUGAUCAUGAUGAAGAAUCAAGAGAUGAGGAAGGAGACAGUAUUAACUCACUCGUUUUGAGUAAAAAGAUAUCUCAGCCAUUGGAUCAUCCGACUAAGGAUACCAAGUUUUCCAGUGUAAAAGAGUAGGUUUUGAAUCGUCCUUUAUUAUCGUAUCAGGGAAACCAUCAAACAGGAGACUGUUGAGAUUUGUCAGAAGACUGUCAACCCUAACAACCGUGUUAAUGCUGAAAACUUCAAUAUACAACGCGUAAUUGGCAAAGGCGGCUACGGAAAGGUUCGUGGAACUUCUGUGGCUUAGUGUGCAGGUUUUUCUAGUCCAAAAAGUAGAUGGCAUCGACCAGGGGAAACUAUACGCUAUGAAGGUUUUGAAAAAAGCCAGGCUUGUAUGCAAUGAAAAAGACAAAGCUCACACGGUUUCGGAAAGAAACAUCCUUGAAAUUUUACAGCACCCGUUCCUAGUGAAACUCCAUUAUGCCUUUCAAAAUCAUUCAAAUCUGUACAUUGUUCUUGAAUAUUGUCACGGGGGAGAACUUUUUAAUUAUUUAGAACGUGAAGGGGCCUUGCUGGAAAAUGCUGCAUGCUUUUAUGCUUCUGAAAUAGUCCUAGCCAUCGGACACUUACAUUCAUUAGGUAUAAUCUACAGAGAUCUUAAGUCUGAAAACGUGCUACUGGAUCGUCAAGGACAUGUAAAGCUUACUGACUUUGGAUUAUCUAAGGAGGGCGUGUGUACCACAAACACUUUUUGCGGGACAAUUGAGUACAUGGCUCCUGAGAUAAUUCGUUGUGAAGGUCACGGAAAAGCAGUGGAUUGGUGGAGCCUUGGUACCCUUAUCUUUGACAUGUUGUCAGGCGCACCCCCGUUUAGCCAAGAAGAAAGCCGUGAAGCUACUACCCACAAGAUUCUCACAGCUCCUUUGAGGUUCCCUCCAUCUUUUUCAUCGGAAGUUAUUAGUCUAAUACGUGGCUUAUUGAGGCGUGACCCGAAUGAGAGGUUGGGAAGUAAAGAAGAUGUUGAUGAAAUAAAGAGACACAAGUUUUUCAAAAGACACGAAAUCAAUUGGUCUGAUGUAUACCACCGGCGCUUGAAACCACCUUUCCGUCCCAAGCUCACCGCAGAAAAUGAUGUCUCCAUGUUUGACCCAUCAUUCACACGUCUACAGCCGGUCGUUAGCCCAGUUGAUGGCGUCGCGUCCAUUCCUCCGGAUAUGUUCCAGGGCUUUUCGUAUGUAGCACCUAGUGUUUGUGAAGACAGUUUGCGUGACACAUGGACGGAUAAUUUAUCAAGUCGCCAUCGAAGACAUGGAUUGCGUGGCGCUAUGUCUGCCGGUCGUUUAAGACGUAUUGGAUUCGGUAAUUUGAAUGCGCCUAACCGAAUACCUGAAGAUAUCGUAGUCCACAACAUUCCAUUGCAAAUUCAGCCUGAACUUCACGAAGAUUUUCAUGAUUUUAACGCAGACUAUAGGCGUAAACCUGCACCAUGUCAGCCUAAUAAUUUAUUAUCUCAAGGUGACAAUACUUGUUCAUCUAAUCAACAACAAUUAAGUAAGACUGAUCAAUCUUGUAGUGAAUUGGGAGAAAGUCAAACGGUUAAGCGCAAUGGAACUGUUGUAGUUGACGAAGAUGACGAUGAUGAUGAGAUUGCUGAAGAAGAUAAUGUACCAGGCGCAAAACAAAUACAAUCAGCUACUGCGUCUAGAUAUUUACCUUUGUGUAAAUAUGACCCAACAAACAACGGUGUAACCACUAGCAAUAAAAGCAUUUAUCCCUCUACAAAACCAUUGGAUAAACAUCCUACUAAACAAGCACCACCUCUUAGUGGUGGUGGUGGUGGUUCACUCCAGUCUCAUAGAGAAGUGUAUACAAAUACAAAAAUGUUAAUUCCACGUCCAAUUCUUGGUGGUCAUGUUGGAGCUUAUUUGCCUAAUAAAUCUCUAAAUGUAUUACCGCCACAUCCUACUGGAUUACAGACAGGAUCACGUGUCAUUUCACCAGUACAACGUCGAGGUCCAACAUGUGCAACAAUGCAUACUGGUAUACCUGUACCUGCUAAUAAUACUGUUAACAGUGCAGUACCUGCAAAUGGGUCAUCUAACGCGAAAUGUAGUAUUAUGUAACGGAUAACAAGGGAAUUUUCCCCCCUUAUAAUAUCUACUGUUUAUAUUCAAUAACAACUUCUGUGAUUCCUAUGUAAGUAAGGCUAAAUAAAAUUAAUAUUUGUCUACUGUAUUGCUGGACUCAUUACCUUGCUGUGCUCCGUUUGUAUCGUCAAAUUCCUACACAAUAUGAUAUACUUAAGCGAUUGAUUAGUAUAUCUGUAUUGUAUUCAUCUCUUACUCUCAUCCCCUUUUACUUUAAUACUCUCUCUCUCUCUGAUGGACAUAAUAGUAUUUUAAGUGUAUCUAGAACUAUUCCCUAGUCUACUUAUAUCUAUUGCCAUAUAUAUAUAUAUAUAUAGAGAGAGAGAGAGAGAGAGAGUACAGAUACGUCAACAUUUUUUAAAUUUGCUAUCAACAAACAAGUGUACAUAAAACUUUUAAUUUUUCUUUCUUUUGAAUUCAUUUCUGUUCUUUUUUCUCCUCAUUUCAUUCAGUUGCUGACUUACUUACUGUUGGCCACCAUAUUUGUAUUUAGUGUAGCGCCAAUUUUCCUAGUUUACUCUUAUGUUUUGUUAUUGACUAGUUGUUAAUUGUUUCGAACCCUCUUUGGACGCUUGUCGGAGAGAGGAAUCUUUUUUCAAGUGUGUGUGUGUGUGUGUUCUGUUCAUAUUCUCACUGUGUGUGUGUAUGAUACUCAGUAAAUGUGGGCAGCAUAUUACUCUACCACUCAUACGUUUAUUUAUUUGAUUAUACUUCUACAAAGUUCUCCAUAUUUCUUCCUCCACGUGUGUUGAUUACCUAUUCUGGAGAGAGUGUGAACAAAGAACAAAAAAAAAACAACAGCACACACAAGACAGAGAUGAUCAGUUUUGAUUUUAUGCUGAAAUACCAAAUUUGUUGAUUUAUUUAUUAUUCAAUCUUCUUAUCCUACUUGUUCUUUUCCUGUGUCAUGUAUUAUUAUUAUUAAUUAUCAUAACCAUUGAUUGGCAUGAAUACAGAGAAAUGAACACUUGUGUAUAAUGCAUAUAUUUGUUGCUUUUGUUCCCCUCUUAACAAGUGUGGAUUUCUGGGCGUACAGUUGAAG